GUGUUUGGAGCUUUUUUGGACGAUGUGGUGAGUUUGCAGUGGAAGCAGGCCUCCAAGCACGUUGCGGGCGGCGAUCUGGAGCAGGGCGCGGACCUACUCGCAGCGCAGAUCGAGCUGAAUCGGAUGGUCAAGAAGUCGAUGUACGUUGAGUGGGCCUCCAACCUGGUCGUCGUUGCGGGGGGCCAGUGGACUCGGGAUAGGCAGAUCGCCGCUGGUUAUGCCUGCCCGCCGCUGUGCCCCGCUGCAAG